AUGGUUGUUGGCGUCAUCGGUGUUGCAGCAGGCGCCGUAGCCAUUCCGCUCGCUGCGGUGGGAGCGGCGACGUCCGUAGCGAGUAUAGCCCAGGGCGCAGGGAAUCAACAGAGAGCCGCGGAGAACAACAACAACAGCAACAGUGCACCCAAGGAGGCGGAUAAGAAUGAUCCACGUUUAGCCAAGUUCACAUUGUAUGCGCACUGCAGUGAGGAUGCGCCAUUGAAGGAGUUUAUCGAAGGCCAGCAGGUGGUGCUGAGGGAUCACAAGCUAUACCUUGCCGACCCUGACAAGGAGAAGCGCAAGGAAGGAGGACACGGGUUCGCCGGGUUCUUUAUCCAGUACCCGUGGAAUAGCAAACCUUUGGGACUCGUGAGCACGAUCCAACCUGACCCGCCCGAGCUCAACUGGAUAUACGUGGACAAAGACACGCUUGUCGUCACGUACGGCGGCAAGACACAGAGUCUGCCGCACAUCGUCGGCCCAUGGGAUUGGACGGAGGACCAGGAGAGAAUGACGUUUGAAGGCUGGGAAGGGUUCGUUGCGAUGGAGGAGAGCGAGGGGGUAUGGGUGUUGUGCUAUGACCAGGACGAGGAUCUGCUAGCCGGUGUGAAGGGUGGCAACCGGGUCCAGGAGUGUACGUUGACAAGGAAGGUUUUGGAUCCUGUAAAGGCGUCAUAG